AUGACUGAGAGACAAUACGCAUACAGGGCGGGGCGCGCCACCACCGACCUGGUGCGCGAAGUGGUGUGGCGCGUGCUGAGCGCGCGCGAAGCGGGCCAACACGUAGCGCUGCUAUGCUGCGACCUCUCGCGCGCAUUUGGCACCGCAGACCACCAGCUCAUAGCUGACAAGCUGAGUUUCUACGGUAUUCGCGGCCCGGCCUUGUCCCUGCUAACAUCAUUCAUGUCUCACCGCUCGCAGGUCGUUGUUGCGGAAAACGGAAAGAUCACAUCAUCUGAGAUGACGAAUGCGAUGGGCGUGCCGCAAGGCUCGUGCCUGUCGAACACUCUGUUCAGUUUACUACUCAACGACCUGCCCACCGCAAUACACGACGCAGAGAUAUAUAUGUAUGCAGACGACGUCGCCGCCAUAGUUACUGCGCCGACCACGCGAGAACUGGAACACAAGUUAAACUCCGUAGUCCAGAGGCUUGAGUUUUGGUUUAGACUGAACGGCUUAGCCUUAAAUAGAGAUAAAACUUGUUACCUCACAUUCCAGCUCAAUGGCACGGCGCCGUCGCCGUACUCAGUCACUGCUGAACAAACCGCCCUGCAGAUGGUCCAAUCGGCUAGACUACUAGGCUUCCAAAUAGAUAGCGGCCUCAUCUGGGACCAACAUAUCGAUGAGAUAUGCUCUAGGCUUGGCCGAGCAUGCUUUGCGCUCCGUCGCCUCGCGGGCACCGCGUCCCGUAGCGUCGUGCUAUCGUGCUACUUUGCGACCGUCCACAGCCUCAUCACCUACGGUGUGGAGCUGUGGGCGCGUGCUGCCGAUGCCGAUCGAGUCUUCAGGAUGCAGAAGCGGGCGGUACGCGCUAUUGUGGGUGUGCCUGAUGACGUGUCGUGCAGGGAGUUAUUUAAAGAAUUGGAUAUUUUGCCUCUUCCCUGUGAGCACAUUUUCCAAGUUGCUAUCUUUACAUAUAAACACUACGAUGCGUUUAGACAACGAGGUGUGAACGAAUCCCGCGCGAUGCGUAGCAACAAGCUUGCCCAUCUCCUCGUCACUCCCGCACACAAACUGCGCAAAUCAGAAAAGUCGGUAUACAUCUCGGGCCCGUCUGUGUAUAACAGACUACCUAACGAAAUAAAAAGAGAUGCAACUUCUGCGGUGGUCUUCAAAGCUAGAUUACGCAAGUGGCUUCUUAGUCAUAUAUUUUAUUCUGUAAACGAGUCCUACGAACUCCCUACUAUAUAA